CGUGAGGCCAACCUCAACGACAAGAAGGGAGGUCAAGUCGUGAGAAGGACCUGAUGGAUUGUAUAUCCAAGACGGUUCGCAAUGACGCCUUGCGCAAACUCGCUCUUCUGAGCGCAAAAACCGGCUCGAAAGGGACGCUUAGGAAGAUUGGAGCGCAUGGUCCCUCGGUGGACUUGCCUGCUGCAAGUGGAUGGCAAGAGAGGCUACAAUCAAUUGAUACCGCGCAAUGGCCGCGCCCGAAUGAGGUGGUGGGAGCGCUGCGGUCGGAUCCCAAGAAGUGGCCCACGCGUCAAGACGAAUUGCGCACCGUGUCUGUAUUGUGUGAUUCGGCUCUGAUUGUCGAAGAUGAAAACCAGGCAAGAAGAAUGCUGGCGCAGUUCUUGCUGUACAUGGUUGCACCAUUGCCAGUACCGAAUGAUAUCACAGACGAGUCUGUGACGUACAAGCUCGUGAAGGCUAUUCUCAGCAUCGGCACGCGCUUUGCAAGUUUACAGUUGUAUAUCGCGGAGGUACUCGAAACAUAUUUGGAGGAACUCAUGUCACGUACGCAGUACCACGCCUUUGCUGACGGCCAGGAUGCAGAGGAAACGCUGCGCUGGGCCCUCCGAUGCGCAGAUUUCUUGAGGGCAGGAUCCGAACACACGAAGUUCUGGACCGAGGAUACUUACCCGGCUUUGCUGAACCAGAUGGACAAACUACUUGACGACACGCUCAUGCUGGCGGUCGAGCAAGCUGCGGAUGCUGUGCAAGAACAGGGUGAGUACUCGCUGUCCCCCUUGCGCGCUCUGUCCUGCCAGUUCCAGAGCGCGGACUGUGCUAUCGGACCUAUGAUGAUGAGAUGUAUUGCGAUGAAGCUUGUUGAUGCCUGUUGUACCAGCCUUAUGGUACAGGGGGAGCAGGCUACCUGUGGAAACGUCUGGGACGAGAUCGCGGAGAAGCGGUACGCAAUGAAACCAGAAAUGAGAGAAACAGCGGCGAGGAUUGCUGCAAUCGCUAAUGACCAGUUGGACGUGAUCGAGGGCGACAACGAUUUCCUCAAGCUUAGCGAACCGGAGAAUCAGCGUCAAGCUAGGAACGUCACGGCGUCUAUCUACAGUAUCCUCGCAAAGUGUUCACUCAUGCUCGGUCAUAUUGAUGAAGAUUUCCUUCGUUCUCUAAACAGCUCGUUCGUGGAUACCACUUCGAUGAACGACAAGAACCUAUCGAUCGCAGUGAUUAACGCCGCGACGACAUUGUCGAUGCACCUACCAGAACAAGCCGGAUCGAUGCUUCGUCCGCUCAAACGGUUCAUCCUGCGCUCGAACGCUGGAUUGUCACAUCCGGAGACGAACACUCUCGCUGUCAAGCGCCUCGCAGACCUCCUAAGCGUUUCAUCCCAAGACACCGUCAUCACAACCCUCUACUCCCUCGCCAACGCCCUCGCCCCCAGCAACGACCGCGACCGCGCAAAUUCCCUAACCUCCCGCGACCCGAAAGACCGCUGGGCCGCAUUCGACAACAUCACCAUGGCCAGCAACGUUACCGAAACACCACAAUCCGAGCAGCAGAAGCACCAUACUCAGAUCAAUGUCAUUAGUGCAAUUUUCGAGACUGCAAAGAAAAUUGGUGAUGAGAAGAUCCUGGCUUUGUCACUUUCGUUGUUAACGCAGAAGGUUGGGAGGGUGAGUGCGGCCGCUGACUGUGUUAUAGUGCUCAAAGCCGCGGAAGGCGCCGUGUUGGGCUUCGAGAAAGAGUUCGAGCGGAUUGUCAAAUUCUUGUCACGAUACAGCACGGGGACCGGGGGUGUUGACGCCGUUGUUAUGAUCGAGGCUGUCGCGGAGGCGAGGAGGAUUAUGGCGAUGAGGUUGGAUAAGGAGAGUGAGACGCAUGAGUUGUUUGUUGGAGAGCUGUUGAAGGAAAUCAUUGAGAUGGGUGUUAUGGGCGGACGCGGGAGGAAUCUCGAGACUGCGAAGAACCUCGUUCCGGCGUUCUUCUCGAUUCUCGAUCCCCUCGCAUUGGCGUUGACGUUCCCUGAUAACAGGGUGUUCGUGCCGCGCGACGAAGGUUUGAUCGUUCUUUUCCGUAACGCAUGGUUCACUCUCAACCUCAACGGCUUCCAUUACGGUUCCACGCCUGCGAAGGAACACGCUCGUGUUCUUCGUAUCAUUGCGCGGGCCACGCCGCCGAUUGUGAGUCAGCGCUUGACCAACCACUUCGAGAGUGAUCUCGAGUUGAACUCCGUCCUUCGUGGUAACAAAGUCGAGACGGACGAGAGCAAGCCGAAGAAGGUCUUGGCUGCUGCGCUGCCUGCUCAAGCUCCUGACUUGAGGAAGCUAUCGUAUCCUAAGCAGGUGUUCUUGUCUACCGUCCUACUACUCGAGAGCUUGAGGUGCGAGUUUGGUAUUUGUUCGAGGAUGUUGGAGUACUUUGCUGACUCCAACCUCGUGGAAUCUGAUGUUGCGAGUCCAUUGAAUGCUGUUGCAGAUCAUACCAUGACGAUCUUCUUGCGGACGAUCCUGAAUACGGGGAGUCGCGGGAAGUUGCUCGUUCAAGCACAGGAACAGCUUCGAGAACUGUUGAUCGGAUGUUGCCAUCGCAUCAGGCACGUCCAGAGACUUGCUACGAGGCAGGCGGAUAGGCUCAUGAACGCGAUGCCGACACUUUUGUGCUCGAGGUCUCCGCUGUACACGAUGCUGGAACUCGUGUCUCUUCUCUGGCAAGGCUGUGUCGAUCAGGAUUUGGACGAGUAUUCGCCUCGUUACACGUACACGACUACCCAAGCGAACGUCACUCUCCUCCUUUCCGACUCGUACAGACAUCGCGAAGAGACUUUCCGUGCUUUCCACACGAACGCGAAGUUGUGGUUGAGACUUGCUUUGAGCCAAGCACCUUCAGAGACACGUAGUUUGCUUCAGAGUUAUCUUGCUGACUCUGAGGAUAACUCGACUGCUUUCCCGGACAUCUCUCCAGGAAGGUCAUUGGCUAUCGAUGCAGGCCGAGCUCUUCCCGACUCAAACAAGCAGGUGUCCUCGAUUGUUCCGUAUGGUGGCUGGGUGCCAGAUGCCGGGUCUGACUAUAUUACUCAGUACACUGCUCGUCAGCUGUACCGCAAUACUGAAUCCCUCACCGAGAACCGUUUCAAUAAGCGCGGCCGCCAGAGCAAGAAUGAGGAAGAUCAGACGUCUCAUCUUACGCUUGAACGCGUGCUUCAACAGUUCGAGGAUGACGGAAAGCACAAGAAGCUUGUCCAUAUUGGAGAGCUCAAAGAUGCUUUGAGGAGUGCUGCUGGCCACAUCGUGGAAUCUGACGCUCACGAGACGUCUCUUCUCAGACGUGUCGUCCGCGUCCCUUUCGCUGUAUUCUCCACUCAGGCAAUAACGCUCGGUAUCUCUUUGUGGGCUUGGAUUAUUGCCGAAAGACCUUGUCUUGAAGCCAGGACCAUUAUGGAGGUUUCAAAGGCUUGGAGCUGGUCCGCACGUCGUCGUCAGGGUCUCUUUUCACACUCCAUCAAUCAGACAGAUGCGUUUGAGCAUGUCAUGGAGUACGCGCCCUCGAACAAGGCUGCUCAUUCCAAGCAGGCUAAUACCGCGACAAGCUUGUUCACUCCGCAUAUUCGCGUGAUGCAGUUCUUGUGCGGACACUUCCAGGCUUGUCGCUAUGGUGAUGUGCACCUCGUGAAGGUGAUCCUGCGACUGUUACACGAGACUCUCGUUGCCCUUUCUGUAGGCAGCAACCAUCCCUUGGCCAGAGAAGCAAGAUUCAGCAUCGUUCUCUUCGGUCUUCAUGUCUUAGCGACAACACCAAUGCACAGCUCGCUCGAGAUGAAAUUGCGUAACGCUCUUUACGAUGCUUCAUUCGUCUGGUUCGCUACUCCGCCGAGGUUCAGUUUCGGAAGUAACCGUACAAACCUCACUGCAGAGACGAAGCUGUUCAACGAACUCAUCAUCGCUAUCGAACGUGACAAUGUCCCCGCUGCUACAGGCGGCCAGACUCAAAAGCCGGUGGCUAGUCUUCAUGCUCAAAAGCGACACUUACUUCUCAUGCUCGUUGAGAGUGAGUUGGCUAGGCUCACAACUUGGCUCAACCCCCUUCGUGAUCCCAGAACAGGUGAGAGUUCGAUGAAGUUUGCGAAAACUCGGGAUGCCUCGUCAAUUGCGAACUUAGCCCGGUUGGCGUGGAAGGUCAACCCAGGUCUUGCCGUCUACCUGCCACUCAGGUUGAAGUACCCUGGCCUGGAUACGGAGGUGAGGAGACUCAUUCUUGCCCAUCCUGAUGAAGCAUGCGAGUACCCGGACGCACUCCAGUUGAUGCUUGGUGAUCAGUUGGCGCCCGAUGUUGCUACACAGCUGAAAUAUCUCAUCUACUGGAAACCUACGGUCCCUAUCACGGCAGCAACGUAUUUCCUCCCAGCCUUCAAGAACAAUGCCUUGGUAUUGCAAUACGCAAUGCGCGCUCUUGAAAGCCAUGGUGUUGGUGUCACAUUCUUCUAUGUUCCCCAGAUCGUGCAGGCGCUUCGUUAUGAUGCUCUCGGCUACGUGACGCGAUACAUUCUCGAGACGGCACAUAUCUCUCAACUUUUUGCGCACCAAAUUAUCUGGAAUAUGAAUGCUAAUGCGUACAAGGAUGAAGACUCGCAGGUCCCGGAUGUGCUGAAGCCGACUUUGGAUGAUAUCUUGGAGAAGAUGGUCAAUUCGUUUUCUGGUACUGAUAAGGACUUUUAUGAGAGAGAGUUCACUUUCUUUAACGCCGUUACGAGUAUCUCUGGGAAGCUGAAGCCAUAUAUCAAGAAGUCGAAGCCGGAGAAGAAGGCGAAGAUUGAUGAGGAGAUGGCAUUGAUUAAGCUCGAUGUCGGGGUGUAUCUGCCGAGUAACCCGAACGGAAGGGUUGUGGAUAUCGACAGGAAGUCUGGUCGACCACUCCAGAGUCACGCUAAGGCGCCGUUCAUGGCUACGUUCAUCAUCGAGCGAACGAACUCCAAAGCAGUACCCGGUCAUCUCGAAGAACCGAGCUUGACAGACGACUCCUUGGAGGACGAAGAAGAACAGAUCAUGGAGGUCAGACAAUCCGCUAUCUUCAAAGUCGGCGACGACUGUCGACAGGAUGUCCUGGCACUCCAACUCAUCGCUACUUUCCGUGAGAUCUUCAACACAGUAGGAUUGGACUUGUAUGUCUUCCCAUACCGUGUUACGGCUACUGCGCCGGGUUGUGGUGUCAUCGACGUCCUCCCUAACUCCAUCUCUCGUGACAUGCUCGGACGUGAAGCCGUCAACGGGUUGUACGACUACUUCAUCACCAAACACGGCAACGAAGACUCAAUCGAGUUUCAGCGAGCUCGAAACAACUUCGUGCAGUCAAUGGCCGCAUACUCCGUCAUUUCCUACCUCCUCCAAUUCAAGGACAGGCAUAAUGGGAAUAUCAUGAUUGAUGCAGAGGGACAUAUCCUGCAUAUCGAUUUUGGGUUUUGUUUUGAUAUCGCGCCGGUUGACGCAUGAGAUGAUCCUUGUUAUGGGCGGAAGCGCAGAUUCCCAGCCUUUCCGUUGGUUCCAGGAACUCUGUGUUAAAGCCUAUCUCGCCUCCCGUCCAUACGCCGAAAAAAUUAUUCAGAUGGUCACGCUCAUGCUUGAUUCCGGUCUCCCCUGUUUCAAGGGCGCUACGACGAUUAACAAUUUGAGAGAUAGGUUUGUGUUGGAUAGGACGGAGAGAGAUGCUAGUGUUUGGAUGAUGGGUUUGAUUGAUCAG